ACCCAUGUGGCAGUAACAACAUCAACUUCUGAACUUGGACUUGGGUAAUUAGAACAAUUUAUUGGACAAGGCUACUCGGAGUCGGACGCCUCCACACAAUGGGGACGUUAGAGGAGGUUCGCAGGAUCUGGGCCCAGGCCAAUGGUGUUUGUUUUGAUGUGGAUUCUACUCUAGUGAUGGAUGAAGGACUUGAUGAGCUGGCCAAAUUUUGUGGGGUUGGCAAAGAGGUACAAGAAUGGACCAAGAAAGCCAUGGGAGGAGGCGUGUCCUUUAGAGAAGCACUCAAGGCUCGUUUGGAUAUCGUCAAACCUUCACGUCAAAAGCUGGAAGAUUUUAUUGCGCAGCAUCCACCAAAGUUCUCUCCUCAUAUUCAGGAAUUAAUCUCUGAGCUACACAGCAGGAAUAGGAAGGUGUAUUUAGUGUCAGGAGGUUUCCAGAGCAUUAUUUUACCAGCCGCCAAAAGACUUAACAUUCCAGUACAGAAUGUCUUCGCUAACAGACUGAAGUUUUACUUUAACGGUGACUAUGCCGGUUUUGAUGAGAGUCAGCCCACUUCUUCCUCCGGGGGUAAGGCUGUGGUGGCCGGUAUCAUAAAGAAUGAGUAUCAAUGCCAGACCUUAGUGGUGGUGGGGGACGGAGCCACUGACAUGGAGGCGGUUCCUCCAGCAGAUGCUUUUAUUGGUUAUGGAGGCAAUGUGGUCAGAGAUUCUGUGAAAGAAAAGGCCGCUUGGUUUGUGACAGAUUUUAGAGAGCUUAUUCAAGCACUGGACAGUUGAAGCAUGUAAAUUUUAGGCAUAUUACUUAAAAAAAAACUGUCUGUGACAUGUAUAGAUAAAUAUAUGUAUUAUAAAAGGUACAGGUAUGUAAAAAUAACUUUAAAGCAAAGAUUCAAACAGAUUAGAGGAUAGCAUAAUAUUGAUAAAUUAAGUUGAUGUGAUUUUAUCUGUACAUUUACAAGAGCAUUUAACAAGGGAAACAUUUCUCAAUUUAACAGUUUCAUCAGUUUAAAUUGAGGAUUCUUUGUCAGUAUUAUUUUUUUUUUUGAUAAGCUCUGUAUCAUAUACAUUUGUGAAGCUUUAAAAUAUUCAUAGGGCAUGAAAAUAAUAACUGUUGCUGGUUUGGGUUUUUGCAAUGUGUUCUUCAAGCUUUAAAAAUCUGUUCAUUACUAAUUUAACUCUUCUUAGUUUUUUUUUUUUUUUUUUUUUUUUUUUUUUGUAACAACUUUAAAUGAGGUACACUCUGAAAGUAAGGAUUUUUUAACAUACCCAUAUGCAUGUAUAUGGUCUUUAGUGAACACUAUUAUGUACAUUUAUUGACUGGUUUCGAGGGCAAUGCAUGCAAUUUAUCAGACCCAUAAUCCAAACUGUUUGCCUGAGAUCAUUAGACCAAAGGCUUACAGUUUAGUUCGACGGGUUGACAGAAUGCAUUUUCCCUGAGAACAGUCAAUAAAUGAUUUGUUUAUCUUUUACUUUUUAUUAAUUGACAUAUCUUGCGCUGGCUUUCAUGUUUGCGAUAAUUGAUAAGAUAUAGCUGAUCGCCUGAUCCCGCCUACAGUUGACGUAAAAAACGUCAUUGUGGUCCAAUAUCUCAUGGACAGGGCCAAUAUGUUACUGAGCGGUCCAACAUCAAUUUUUUUGGACUGCUCAGAAAUGUUAGACUUUCUUACAGUGUAGAGAAAAUUUAUAUAGGAACAAUUUUUACUUACAGUAAAAGUAUUUAUUGUACAUGUACCAUAUACGGAAAGGGAAAUAUACAUGUAGGGUAAUAUCAGUUAUAUAAUGGUUGUGUAUUUGAAUAAAUGAUGGACUUUUAA